GCCCACCACGGCGACCAAGUCCACCCCUCCGACGUCUUCCGCGAUGGACUCGAAUUCUCAGCGUGUGCAGGCCACAAACACCUUAGGACGCUCUGGCUCGUUCUUUGGUGCUCUCAAGAGCAUCGUCGCUGCGCCCUUCCAGUGGUUCUCAAACACGGAUGACGAAUUCGAGGACACCGCUGGAAAACGUCGCCGUCUCCCUUCUCCAGCCAAUAGGCCAAGGGAUACCGGCGACGAGUAUCAGAACGCGCCGAAGAGGAUGCGCAUAGACACCCCAGAGCCUGAAAAACGGCAGACUCACUAUAAUGACCCUCCACCCUCUGCCUUUCUCCCGAGAAGGUCGCCCCGCCCACGUUCGUCCAGGGCGACCUUGUCCCCACGCAAGACUCUCAGGCCACCAGCUGGCUCAUUUGCUACCUCCGUCUCUGCUCCUAGAGGGCGCCGCACUCUUUCCCCUCAUCCUGCUGGAAUUCAUGGACCAGCAGGCAUGUCUCGAACUAUGUCGCUUGAUCCACCAUCCAACUUCAGCACGCUCAGCGGCCCAAAGAGACUGUCACGCGACGUGACCAUGGAAGACAUUGGCAAGGAAACAAGCUCAAGGGAUAUGUCUGUAAUCCGCGAUGUCUCACUGGAGCCAGGCCGUCGUACAUAUAUGAGAACUUCAUUGACGCCACAGCCAUCAGGUUCCAACUUCGGGCCGAACGUACCUCCUCGUCGCGAGCGUGAUCCUUCUGAGCCUCCUCCGCUGGCAUCCCUCAUUUCUAACCCGACGUUCAUCAAGCCACCUCAGAACCUUCAGAAACAAGGAACCACCGACAUGUCACAGCAGAUGACCCUAGGUUCUUUGGCUCAGUCGAGGAAACAUGGUAAUUCCCCUAGCCGUCAGGGCUCUCUUCUUUUUGGUUCCAAUGCACCCGCAGAGUCAUCUUCUACACCUCUGUGGCCGGUCAACGCGGCAGAGAAAGCUCUUCACGAGCUAGAUGUGUACAAGACACCUCUCCUUCCCACUCGCCUGCGAGGGUCUUCUGAGAUUCCGGAGAUGUUCAUGCCGAAGAAGAAGCAUCAGAUCACCCUUAUGCAUGACGAUCGAGAUGAAAGACCUCGCUUGGGCACGAAGGGGAAAGGUAAACGAAAGGUACCGGACUCGCCAGCGAAGCCAUACGCCGGAGAGGGAGGUAUGAAGAAGUGGUUGGCGAGACGGAAGCGGGAAGAGGAGGAAGCGAAAAAACGAGAAGAAGAGGAAUUGAUGGAUGAUGACAAGCCAUUGGAGGAGCAACGCCUUGAUAUUACAAACACCGUGGAAGCACUCCAGAAGAAGGAUGCGAUUGCGCCUCCCGACCCAACUUUUGAACCCGGUGUUCCAUUCACAAGCGGCCUGGAAACGUCGCUUAGGGUGGGUCGCAGCCGAAGCUCUCGCAAUCACAUUGAGCGUCCGUCGUCAAACCGCAUGAACAAGUUCUCUGCGGCAUUCGAUGUAGACGAGGAUGAUAUGGCGGAUGAUGCAAGGGCCGCUGAUUUCAAGAUGUUGGAAGAGGCAGCUAAGAAGGCGCCGGUAUUCGAAGUUCCUACUUCGUUCACAUUCGCUAAAGAGACACCGAUCACUCACGAUAGCACCAAUGCCAAAGAGCCUCCAGUUUCUUCGCUGCCGUUCUCGUUAUCCAAUGCUGGGUCAUCUCCUGUGAAGGUCACUCCUGUGCAGACGUCCACCCCUCAAGUGUCAAAGACAGCCCAGGCUUUCGAGACUCCGGCAUCUGCAAGAGCACCGGCGCCAAUCAUCCCAUCUAUCUCAUUCGAGCCUCCGACUCCUCAACCUCCCAAGCCAUCAAAGCCUGAGGCAGCACCUUCGGCGUUUGACUUUAACAAGCCGCCUGCUCCUGCACCGUCAGUAGCAUCUGCACCGGAGUCCAGUAAAAAGGAUGGUAUUCCCAACUUUUUUGCUAGUUCGUUGUCCAAAUCUGCGGCCAGCAGUGCCCCCCCGCCUUCCUCUAACCUUGCGAGUUCUGCACCGUCACUGUUCGGGAUUCAGGCGCCAGCUAUCGGCGGCAAACUAGCAGAGGCUACUCCGGAGCCCUCCAAAGCCCAGGAAGCAGCUACAUCUUUGUUUGGUACAACACAUAAGCCUACACAGCCAUCCUUGUUUGGGUCAGCAGCUCCAGCCUCUACUUCAUUGUUCGCCCCGCCCGCAGCCGACAAGGCCUCUUCAAUAUUCGGUUCAACCUCGUCGGCGAUUUCCCCAUCUUCGACCACGGAGUCGGCACAGGCCACCCCAUCUACGACUACAUCACAAGUUGCCGCCCCUCCAGCCGCGGCGCCGGCGCUAUUUUCGUUUAGCAAUUCUGCCCCUGAAGCGUCCGCGUCGAAGUCUAUCUUCACAGAUGGGGCUAAAACAGCUCAACCCGCAGAACCAAAGCCAUCGCCGCUAAUGUUUGGGUCUGGUCCAUCCACAAGUGGCACUACUUCGGCACCAUUCAACUUUGGACUUCCCUCACCCCACCCUCCUUCCGCCUCCGAACCAUCGAAGCCUGGUUUCUCGUUUGGUCAAGCCGAUGCACCAAAAAACACGUCCACUAGCACGACGUUGGAAGCUCCAAAGCCAGCAUUUGGUAGUCAAACUCAGCCUGCGUUCUCCUUUGGUCAGCGGCCGAGUUCGGCGCCGUUGGAUCCAAGCUUAGAGAACAGGGCCACGAGUCCCUUCUCCUUCGGAUCGGCUCCUGCCACACCUCCUGCUCAAGAGAAAAAGCCAGCACCGUUUUCCUUUGGAACGCCAACGACCACUGCGCCAGCUUUCAACUUUGGAACUCCAAGUGCGAGCAAUGGUACUGCUGACAACAAUAAGUCGGUGACGUUCGGACAAUCGACUCCGGCUCGUCCUAUUACUCCGCCCAAGGACCAAGAGGUUAGCAUGGACGAAAGCCCUGUUCGGGAUGCAAACGUAACCAACGACGGCAAACCUGCUGAACGACCCAGCUUGAACUUUUCCUUUGGGUCUGGCAGCGUGCUAUUUGGGAACCAGAGCAGCAGUCAGCCUCCUUCCGCCGGAGGAUUUGGGUUUAAUUCUCCUUCUACGCCGAAUGCGUUUGGCUCGAAGCCCGAAGAAAAGUCCACAGAGAACAAGACUGGGUUUGCCUUUGGCCAAUCGUCAACCAACUCGCCAUUUUCUUUCGGCAAACCUCUUGAUAGCCCUGCAACUGCAACAUCAACAAAUGCACCCUUCUCAUUUGGACAGUCGUCUCCUAGUGCUGCACCCUCUUCGCCUUUUACCUUCGGAACGCCUGCGAACAGCAGUCCAUUUGGUGCCGCUGCUAGUCCUGCUUCAGCGCCAACUGGCCCUUUCAGCCAGCCACAGUCGACGUUCACGUUCGGAGGGUCGAACAAUACACAGCCUUCAAGCAACGGUGCUUUCACCUUUGGAAGCGGUAGUCAACCAGCGUCCCCUGCCAACAAUAAUGUACCCCUCUCUCAGCCAGGUGGAUCGGGCGGUGCCUUCGCGUUUGGCCAGUCCAAUGGAAGUGCUCCGAGCAGCCCAUUCGCAGCACCCACCCCUCCGCCUGCUGAAGGUGGAGGUGCCCUCUUCACGAUUGGAGCAGCACCACAAACCCAAACGCCGCCCGGACUCAGACAGAUCAAGAAGCUUCCCAACAGACGAGGAGGGCGCCGAUAACUUAUCACGCAACUGCACAAACAUCUUCUCUCAACAAAAUUAACAAACAUUUUACCAUCUAUAUCUCGAUUGGCGACACCUGCUUGCGACAGUUUUGCAUAAUCAUCCCCCGUCUCACCACAUACCAUCACCACCACUGAAUUUUCUGUAGCUUGUUAAAGGGAUUUAUGGGUGGCUGAAGGCCACUACACAUGCAUUUUUACUCACGAAGGCUCAAGGCCAUUAGAUACACAUCACAUAUUUGCAUAGCCUCAUUUGACCUGCUGUUUUCUCGUCUAUUGCCUCAAAUACUGUCGCCAGUUUAUACGAUCGCUUAUUGUCUAUAG